UUACAACACAACAGCAACAGCAACAGGAACAUCCACAGAACAAGCCGGCUACAGCCGGCGGAUUUCAGUCUGCCAGAAUUUCUGACAUCGAUGCAAAUAUAUAGCGAAGCAAGCACUCGCCCGUAGUCACUGCCUUGUAUGCGCAAGUGAUCUAGGACGGCUUUGGUGAGUAAGAUUUGUGUUUGAGCCGGGGGCAACGAAUGUGGGUGGUGAACUCCAUGUGAUCUUUGGUGUGGCCAUUUUGGCUGCAGUUGUUUCCAUGUCGCAUGCCUCACUGGCGAAGCGUGGCAGCCGAAGGAAAGUCUCGAAUGAUUCCCUUGCUUGGUUGCAAAAUUUGAUCCAAUGCGAAGAUGGUGAGGAGAUCAGCGCAACUCAACUGUCGAACAAGUUGAUCGCCUUCUACUUUUCUGCUUCUUGGUGUCCCCCAUGUCAAUAUUUUGUGCCAAUCCUGGCCCAGGGUUACAAGCAGAUCCGAGACAUGCAUGGGAGCGAGGCUUUUGAAGUGAUUCUUGUACCACUGGAUGUUGAUGAGACAUUGUGGCAGCUACACAUGGCCAAAAUGCCAUGGCUCUCCAUACCAUUGAAGAACCGAGAAAUUAUCGUGAAACUCUUCACUGCACAUUGUAUCACAGAGGCUCCACGUUUGAUCAUCAUGGACUCAUCUGGCACGCUGGUCUCAGACAAUGCUCGCGGGGGUGACGGCUUUGGCUUUGGCUGCGACCCGUUGCAUGCCUACGACAAGCUAGUUGAGGAAUUGGUCAAAAUGCAGAGGAACCGUGAGGACUCUUCCAAAAUCGAAGAAGAACCUUCAGAAAUUGAAGAUUGAAUGAGGUGGAAUGUACAGCCUGACAUGACUAUGGUUUUGCUUGCGUAUAUACUUUGUAUCGCUUUGUAUCGCAAACGAUGCUGUAGGUCAUUUCAUGAUGUGUGAGUCAGGUAUUGGAAUCUAUCAAUCCGUAGAAGUCAUGAACAACAUGACCGACUGAUGCCGAAGGCACUGUCGAUGACUUGAGCCCUUCUAGCGCUCAGGAAAGAA